CCGGUGCGGGUGCCCCUCUGUCCCUUAGCUGCAGCCACACACACACACACCUGCUGCUCCUUUCCCCAUCCAGAGCCAGCACAUCUCGCCGCCGCCACCUGCUUCGCGAGCUCGUCCCCUCUCACCGCCCGGCCCCGCCCUCCCCACGGCGGAUCCCCCACAGGCCGCUCCUCGGUCUGCGGCAGCCGCCGCAGCGCUGCUGCCCUCUCUCGCUCCAGGGGAGCUGAGAUCCGCCCCCGACGCGGAUUGGUUCCGUUUUUCUCGCUGGUUGUUUUGUUGCCUUCUCUGGUGCAGUGUUACUCUCUCUCUCUGGCGAUCCCUCGUGUGGGGUUCUUAAACUUUUGAUUGAACUGUGGACUGUACGCAUUACCUCAUGCAUGCACUUACUUCUUCAGGCUAAAAGAAAUGGAGAGUUCCAGCUCUGGUUCUUGUGUCCAAGGUACAGUGUAUCAUUGGAUUGUGCUGUUCGCGGUUUGGCUUUGUGGCAGCCAGCAUGUUCUGUCUCAGAAAACUACACUUGAACCAAAAGACAAAUUCCUUCUGUCCGAUCCGCCUAUCGGUCUCUUUGAUCCAAUUGAGAUUUCACCAUCUGUUCUUCCACACAACCCCAACCCGGUCGAGCCACUGUCACCUAUGUAUCCCAAUUACACAUCCUAUGAUCCAGUCUUGACUGGGAAAUGCCAUGUAAAUUUCUCUGCACUCUCCUAUACUAUCGACAAGACAGCAUCUGAUUGCUCCAUUCCUUUAGCACCACUAGUUGCUGAUGUUAUAUGUUGCCCCCAAGUCAAUAGCUUGAUGAACAUUUUUCAAGCUGCAUACGGUAGUGGAAAUGAUACUCUAGCUCUUAACCAGGCUUCAGCAAAUGCUUGCUUCUCUGAUAUCAUGAGCAUACUUGCAAGCAAAGGGGCAAAUACCAACAUCCCUGAGUUAUGUACUCUGAGGCCAUCAAAUCUUACUGAUGCUGCUUGUCCUGUGAAGGAUAUCGCCUCAUUUGAGAAAAUAGUGAACGUCAGUAAACUCAUAGACGCAUGUAGCAGUGUUGACCCACUGAAAGAGUGCUGUAGGCCUGUCUGCCAACCUGCUAUAGCUGAAGCAGCUAUUCACAUAUCCUCAGGUGGGGCAAACAUGUUUGGAAGUUCUAGCAUACCUGGGAGCGUUGCUGGGAUUGAUGUUGUUAGUGACUGUAAAGGGGUAGUUCACUCAUGGUUAUCUAUGAAGCUUUCAUCGGAAGAGGCGAACAGUGCUUUCAGAGUAUUAUCUGGUUGCAAGGUGAACAAAGUUUGUCCACUGGAGUUUGACGAACCAUCUUCAGUCGUUAAGGCAUGUGCAAAGGCAUCUUCGUCAACGCCCUCAUGCUGUGCAGCAUUGCACUCUUACAUUGGAACUAGGCAGAAGCAAAUAUUUGUCACAAAUCUGCAAGCAAUUAACUGUGCGACGAUGUUUGGAUCAAUGCUACAGAAAGCUGGUGUAGUGGAGGAUAUUUAUGGGCUUUGUGAUAUUGACUUGAAAGAUUUCAGCCUGCAAGCUUUUGGACAGCAAGGAUGUCUACUUCGGAGCUUACCUACAGAUAUUGAGUUUGACAACACUACUGGCAUUAGCUUUACAUGUGAUUUGAGUGACAAUAUUGCGGCACCAUGGCCCUCCUCGUCUUCUGUCCAAUCCUUGUCACUUUGUGCUCCUGAAAUGUCAUUGCCUGCAUUGCCUGUCUCACCAAAAUCCGGAAGCUCAGUAGGUACUUCAAGAACCGGGAUCGGUGUUUUGCUGCCACUUGUGUUCCUCACCACGACCAUCUCCAUCUGAGAACCGCCUCGUCUAGUGAGCCAGGAGCUUCUUACCCCCGUCGUAUUUUUCCACUCUGUGCAGGCCCGCGUGUAAAUUGAAUUGUAUUACGUUCUUGUAAAUGAGCCUUCCCCUUCCUGUCCCUUUUUGGUCCAGUGGAUAGAAUUGUCAUGUCUUAGAGAGGACUGUUGUACCAUUUUGGGUCUGAACUCUGGUAGAAACUAAGCUAGUUCUGGAUGUGAGCCUCACCGGAGAUGUCGAUUGAAUGGCGAGUAAACAAUCAGGCCUACUUAUCUAUUAUCUUAA